GCGAAUCAAGUAUCUGCGGGCCAAGCGUGGGGAAGCAACCAGCGGACGCUUCAAAGGCCGCCGCGCAGCGAAUCACAGCAGGCUCCCAGCUUCGCCCAACGCCGUCAUCGUCUUUUUUUUUCCUUUACCGACUAUGGGAACCUCCGGGAAGCUGCUCUCUACUGUUUCGUCAGGCUCAUAGGGAAAAACAAGGCCAUUAUGUUGGGCGGUGCCCGUCCCCUCGACCAACUGAUCACCAACGACACCAGCUUGCACAACCACCUACAACAGCCAUGAACGAGUCGCCGUCCGCCCGGACUCCCGGGCUCUCUGCUCCCUCCCGGGGCCGCCGGCUCCGGUCAACGUCCGAAUCAUCACCCACCCGCCAACGGAACACCGACGACCUUCUUUCGAACCUUACCCCGCGGACCGUGGUCGACGCCUUCCGGAACCCCUCGGGAAGCCUGAAGGCCUGCAUAGAGGCAGCGACCCCAGCCGAGCAGGCCUUCGCGCUGAGGGUCGCAAUUGCCUCGAACACCAUCCACGAAUGGCUAAGCGAGCUCUCCUCCUGGCCAUGGCCGGCUGGCGGGGGCUCUGCGGGCUUUGAGAUGCCCGCAGACAAGAGGAAAGCGAUUCCGGGGCUCGGCACAUCCCAGGCCUCGGAUCAAGAAUACAACGGAAGCCUCCCGGCGGCCGACGUUGCGAGAUACGAAAAACGAAUUGACGAAAUCGCACAGGGGCUGGAGGAGCUCAAUAUCGAAGAGAUCAAGAGCCAGGUCCUAAACAACCACAUCUUGCCUUUAUCGCGCCCGGGAACCCCCGUCAUUGACUCGGGCCGCUCCGCGAUGUCGCUCUCCAGCAUUACAAGGCUCGGCGAUUUGACCGCCCUGGUCACCGCCACCACACUCCAAGCCCUGCCGGAACUUUCCCGGCUUACCAAGCUGAUGAAUGCUUGGAGCCUUCGGCUCCUGGUGCUGCGAAAGAUACCGGUCUUCCUGGCCUCAGUGUCAGACGCUGAGGCGGCGCUGCAGUCUGGCUGGAAUGCGCUCGGCCCUGACAGGCGUAUUCAGAGCGGAAGCACGGGUGCGCCAUCUGCGGUGUCGCCUCUGGAUGAUUUGGAGGUGAUGAAGUCCGUUAUCGGACAGAAAGUUGCCAAGGCCGGUCGCGACCUGGAUGCCAUGCUAGACAUCCUGGAAGGACAGCCCGAUACGCUGCCAGAGGACUGGAUCGACCGAGUGGAUACGCUGGAGCAUGGCUACGGCGAAUGGACUGUGGCCUGCGACAGGAAGAUGAAGCAGACCGAUCUGAUUAGCUCGAUAGUGCAGGCCGCUCCGGCGACGGGCGCCUCCGUACCGCCUCAGCAUUCGGAAGCGGAUAGAAGCGGCCCGUCGGUUGCCGCCAACAAGUCCCUUGCGUCAGACUCCCUGGAACGGGAACAGACACAGGUACCAGAGGGAGAGCGGCCGCCCGACGGUGCACAGAAACCGGACUCGAGACCCGACGUCUCCCCGCCGGUCAUCAAGAUUCAAUCAACCACCGAAGACCAGGCGCAGACGCCGGAGGACGACUACCCGAAUACCGACAGUGAACUUGUGCAGAGCGCAUCUGACGGCUCGAGUGGUGCGGGGCCCCACACUGUGCUCGCGUCGGAGCCGUCGAAGGCCCAUCACAACCAUGGAGCAAGACCCGAGGACGCCCCUGGGUCUUCGUUCAGCUCCGAUUCUGAGCUGUGGGACAUCUCAGGGCACGGUGCGCCCCAACCAGCCCAGAGCGGUAGACGCGCUAGCGGCGUCUCGGAAUCUUCGACGGUUUUAAACGAAGCGCCCAGCAUGUUCAUGGAUUCCUUUUCCAGUGACCUGCUCGACCAAGGAGUUUCGGACUCCUUUGAUCAUGGGCGCGUGGACCAGGAGGAGGGUCCCAAUCGGUCACUAUUGUCGACCAGAUCACGGUCGGUAAGCUUCAAUGACCAUCCCACGGUCACAGAGCUGCCGAGCUUCCCCAGCCCUCCAGGCACUCCGACGACAUCAACAACCCUGGAUGAUGACGACGCAACGGAACCAGGCACACCGUCCGAAAGGCAGAUGCCAGGCAUGGACGACCAACUUCAACAACAAAUCAGCGAGAUUCUGGAAUCAGUGCCGGCUAAGAUCCGGCUGACCGCAGAGCCUCCCGCCGUCAAUCUCAACCCACCAGACUUUAAAAUGCCAACGGCGCGCAGGAGCUCCAGGUCGGACGCAAUCCCGCGCACCCAGUCCAACGGGUCCAUGCGGUCCGUCUACUCCCGCUCUGCGACGCCCUCGUUCACUCUGGCGCCUGCCAGAAACUCGCGUCCUCGUCACCAGCGCGACAACAGAGAAAUCAAGGUCUAUCACCUCUCCCGUUCCAACGGCGAGGCGCUAAUCAAACUCUUCAUCCGCUGCGUGGGCGAACACGGAGAGCGCGUCAUGGUCCGCGUGGGUGGCGGCUGGGCCGACCUUGGGGAGUACCUCAAAGAAUACGCAAGCCACCACCUCCGGCGCUCCGCUGGCGCCGCCACCGACGGUAAGGUCGAGGUCAGAGACAUCCCGCGCACCGGUUCGGUGCGCCCCCCUGACGCCACCCCGCCCAGCCGCCCGGCCUCGGCUAUGGACGCGCACUCGCCCGUCUCGCCGCUGAAAGUGCGCAAGACCAGACGCUCGCCGACAGUUAAUUCGGACGAGCAAAACCACCAGCAGCUACCGGCGGCAAUCCGGCCCAAGACACCCCUCGCAAACCUGGGCAGGCUGGAUGCGACCCCGCCCUCGGAUGCGUCCUCGUCGAUGCGCUCGCGCUCCAGCUCACGCAUCAGCUGGGAAGAGGACGACGGUACGUUCGCACUAGGCAUGGCGGGGCCCCGCGCCAAGCAGAUCGAAAUGAGCGAGGAAAGCAGAGCGUGGGUGGAGAGCAUCAAGGAGAAGGUGCGCAUUGCGAGUAGCGAGCGAAAGCCGCCGCCGCCGCCGCCGCCUUCUUCUUCUUUCUCGUCUGUACCGUCCGUGGCCGGUGCCGAGGGAGGUGCAGCGGCAGGCGGUGUCAAGGGCUUGGAGGCGAGCUUGAUGGACCGUGGAGACGGGAGUGGUAGAACUACGUUCGGGGAGUUGGGGAAGGUGGGGAGUACAAAGAGGCUGUUUAAACGGGGUUGAUUGCGGUUCUUUUUGGGGUCCCAUAUGUUUUUUCUCUCUUCCUUCUCUUUUAUUCAUUUCUCGUCCUUUUUUGUGCGGAGUAUUGGCCU